AUGUGGCACAACGUCGGGCUGACCCUGCUCGUGUUCGUGGCCACGCUGCUGAUCGUCCUGCUGCUGAUGGUGUGCGGUUGGUAUUUUGUAUGGCAUCUAUUUUUAUCUAAAUUCAAGUUUCUGCGGGAACUGGUGGGAGACACAGGAUCCCAGGAGGGAGAUCAUGAGCCUUCAGGAUCAGAAACAGAGGAAGACAGUUCAUCCUCUCCACACAGGAUCAGGUCUGCUCGCCAUAGGAGGGCACCUGCUGAUGAAGGCCACUGA